AUGAGCGAUGGCCAGACGGAUGCAUUGUCCUUGCCCACGCAAGAAUGGCAGCAGCCAUGGAUGCCUUCGGCAGACGUGUUUGGGAAAGCUGAGCCAAUGCCUGCGGCUGCUCCUGUGCCCUUGGAAACGCCUAUGUCGACUCAACCUGCAAAGGAAGAGAGCAACAAAGUGCCAGUGGUUCAGGAGAUGGAGCCGCCCAUCACUCCUGCCUGUGCGUCUGGCUUGAAGCUGCCUUGCUUGCUGAUCGAGUACUGUGAUCGUUGUCGAUGGCAGCACCGUGCGACUUGGGUGCAGACCGAGCUACUUCUUACUUUCUCUGAGAAGGAGUACCUGAAAGGCACUAGUUCCAAGGCAUCGGGAGGAGGGUACUUAGCCAGCACAAUGCUGCUGCCCUGCGCGACGCCAGAGACAUCUGGUCGAUUCCGUGUGUGGGUAGCCAUGAGCAGUCAGAGUGAUACGGGGUCGGAUAUCCAUCUGCUAUGGGAUCGUAAGAAGCAGGGUGGCUUCCCUGAACUGGCCGAACUGAAACGUUUACUUCGUGAUUACAUUGCGCCAUCGCAGAGUCUGGGUCAUUCGGAAAAACAGAAAUAG